UGUACAUGUAUGUGUGUCAGUGUGUGUGUUUCACUUAAGCAAGCUUGACAUCCUCGCUUUUGUGUUGGAUUUAGCAUUGAAACGCACGUGACAGGAUGGCUUUAAUUUAGGCUAGAUACCCGAACAACACAAGCAUCGCUUGCAGUAAAAUCCUUUUUCGACGGAUUGAAGGGGGGAUAAGAAAGCGGAUGUGACGUACAAAGGUCACCGUCGCCCGCAUCUUCAACGGUGGACGCGAUGGCGCCGUUAGACUUGGAUAAAUACGUGGAGAUAGCGAGGGAAUGCAAAUACCUACCCGAGAAUGAUUUAAAGAGACUCUGCGACUACGUGUGUGACCUUCUUCUGGAGGAGUCCAAUGUGCAGCCCGUCUCCACUCCGGUCACAGUCUGUGGAGACAUACAUGGACAGUUUUAUGACCUGUGUGAACUUUUCAGAACUGGGGGGCAGGUUCCAGACACAAACUAUAUUUUUAUGGGUGACUUUGUUGACCGGGGAUACUACAGUCUGGAAACCUUCACCUACCUGCUGGCGCUGAAAGCCAAGUGGCCCGACCGCAUCACUCUGCUGCGGGGAAACCACGAGAGCCGGCAGAUUACACAGGUCUACGGCUUCUACGAUGAGUGCCAAACCAAAUAUGGAAACGCAAAUGCUUGGCGAUACUGUACGAAAGUGUUUGACAUGCUUACAGUGGCAGCCCUUCUGGACGAGCAGAUCCUGUGUGUGCACGGUGGCCUGUCGCCCGACAUCAAGACCCUGGAUCAGAUCCGUACUAUUGAGCGCAACCAGGAGAUCCCGCACAAAGGGGCCUUUUGCGAUCUGGUGUGGUCAGACCCGGAGGAUGUGGACACAUGGGCUAUUAGCCCAAGGGGAGCUGGUUGGCUCUUUGGAGCUAAGGUCACAAAUGAGUUUGUCCACAUCAACAACCUGAAGCUCAUCUGCCGCGCCCACCAGCUCGUCCAUGAGGGUUACAAGUUCAUGUUUGACGAGAAGCUGGUGACGGUGUGGUCGGCGCCGAACUACUGCUACCGCUGCGGGAACAUCGCCUCCAUCAUGGUGUUCAAGGACGCCAGCACGCGGGAGCCUAAGCUGUUCCGUGCCGUGCCGGACUCUGAGCGUGUCAUCCCACCCAGGACGACGACACCAUACUUCCUCUAAGUUUGAGAGUUAUUAACGCACCCUCUCUCCCAGGCCGCUGAUGUAGAUAUUACCAUUUUUCUGUUCUCCACUGAACGUUUAAGGUUUGAUGUUAUUAAAUUGUGCUGUUUUUAAUCGCAGAAUUUACUGUCUCUGGUAUCACCCAGUAAACGUGGAAAUGUUUCUUUUUUCCUCGUUCAUGUUUUUCUCCUUGCUAUGCAGGCCUCUCAUUAUGUCGCUCUACGAUAAAUCGGUCCUUAACCAUGUGGAGGUUAGGUGUUCUUUUGUUAUUCUUACUACCAUUGUGACACAGUCACACUUGUUGCUAUGGUACUUCAUCGCACUCGGUUGUUUUGCUCGAAUCCAGAAGUUGGUGGUGCAGCCAUGAAAUGAAUCUGGCUUACGUUCCAAGAGGAUGUUAAGUGUCUGCUUUGAAAGCGGACAUGACUUGAGGAGAAAAUGAGAGAUGCAGGAUGUGGGACUUGGUCUGGUGACAUCGUAGCUUUGCUCUGAACAAAAUGAUAUGUGAGCGCUUAUGGUUCAUUUAAAAAAAAUGCAGCUCUGAUGAUAUAAUUUGUAAGUAUACAUAUAAAUAUAGUCUCCAGUGCAGAUAUAGGCCUACUAUGAGGUAAGCUACUACAGGAAAUAUUGUGUGCUGUUUUGUGUGGCAGGAUUAUUGUGCUCCAGCCAAAGUUUGCAGACAGAAUUCAUUCAGUCAUAUUAAAAAUGCUUACUAAUGGCUGAGAGGUGCAGGUGAGGCAUAUUGUAUUUGUACAGGAAAAAAUAUUGUAAUAGUUAUUGCAGCUUUAUAACAGUGACACUGCAAAAGUAGUGCUUGCAUAUUGAAAAUUAAACACCUUUAUAAUAAA